GAGUUAGAGAAGACGGAAGAAGAGAGUCACUCGAAGAGAACAACGUCGGAAAGAAAGUUCAAGGACUGUGACUUUGCAGAAUACAUUGUUCGGAAGUAGGAUCUCGUCCUAUUAAACUUUAAGCCGAGGAUUAAGCAUGAAGUUAAGUGCGAUGAGAAAAUUUCGAUAAUCGUUGGAUUACUUUGUGUCGCGUGUGAACUCUGCGGACUAAACUCGUGGACGCAACUCGAGAAGUUGUGCUGACUCCCUAGAGGGUCAUUGAUCGAAAGGAGGAUGUCCCGAAGUUUCCUGGUGGACUCUCUAAUCGGCAACAACUCACCACCCUCGUACCCGCUGCCGUAUUAUGGGAACCAGCUGCCUAAUUACAUGUUCAAUUUUUUCAAUCUGGGAUUGGGCUAUCAACCGAUCAGACCAGUGCCUAGACCACCUACUAUGCCUGUGCCGAUCACUCCACCAGCUCUGACCGUCUUGCCGAUACCUGGACAGAGUCCCCCGUCGCCAUUAAACACCUCAGCCAGCAGACUAUCAGACGUUUCAGCACCUAGCGAAUCACCGUCGCGCAACAGCACUCCGACGCCACCGCCAAAGUCCCCGGGCUCCAUCAGUAACAGCUCGAAGCGCAUCCGAACCGCGUUCACCAGCACUCAGUUAUUGGAAUUGGAGCGUGAGUUCGCCGCGAACAUGUACCUGUCGCGGCUGCGUCGCAUCGAGAUUGCGACCAAUUUGCGUCUGUCGGAGAAGCAGGUGAAGAUCUGGUUCCAAAACCGUCGAGUCAAAUACAAGAAGGAGGACCUGCCGUCCGGUCAGAGCCAAAAGUGUUGCUGCCUGAGAACCUGCGGCAAACGGAAAGACAGUUGCGGCGAGGAGUCGCCCGGACAGAAGUGUGAACAAGAGGAUGACGAAAAGACGUCCCCGAAGAGCGGCGAAAACGGGAAAUCCAGCCGCGGUCCCGUUGAGACUGAACGCCUCGAGCGAUCGAUUGCAAACGAAGACGCACGCUACGAGGAGAAGUUCGACUUCACGAGAAUAAAUCCCAUGCAGGAGCAUCAACUUGUCGGGUACGAAGCGCGGGAUCUCUCUCUGAGUUGCAAGAGGAGUCUGACGGAGGCUGACGUAGGAGACAACAAGAGGCGGAAGAUGGAGGUGGCGGCAAAUUAUCAGACUUCGAAUCCGGAGGCGAUUACAACUCCGGUGUUCAGAAGUAUAGGAUGCACAAAGCACACCGUCGAGAGAAUUGUUAACUCGUAAAUCCUGAAGUCGGUACACAAGUUCUCGAGAUCUGUACUCUGUUUGGAGUUAUAUAGGCAAGGUUUAAAUUCUCGAUGGCUCUGUGCAUAGAUAAUUAAAUAUUACAUGAGUAAAUAUAAAUAUUCUGAAGAAAAGUCUCUAACACCCAAAAA